AAAAACUCACCUACAUGGUGUAAAUUAGCAUUAUGUAAGGAGUUACUCAGAUACCACAUAAUUUUAAAAGUGGUUCAUUUCAGAAAAUCUAGUUUUAAAAUCUCACAGAAAUAUAUUCAUUGGAAUACAUCUUCCUGAGAGAUAACCAGCUGGAUACUGGACAACAAAAGACGUAAUCAGACUCCACUGACCUGUUUAACCCUGAUUGUGAAGGACGAAAAGCAGCAGCUGCUUCCUGUGGAACAGCACUUCUGGUGGCACUUGCUUCUUUCCUUUGGGAUGAUAUUGCCAUAAGGACAUCAAGCUAUUGAACUCAUAAUGUUGUGAGUUUAUACAUGCCAGCCUGUGUGCCACCACUUUUUGAAGCAGCUUUGGUAAUGCACUGCUGUCAUGGCUGAACAAAGGCAACGUGCUUUGUCAACAUCGGGUGAAGCGUUAUAUGAAAUCCUGGCACUAGAGAAGGGAGCAACACAUGAUGAGAUUAAGAAGUCCUACAGAAAAUUGGCUCUGAAGUAUCAUCCUGACAAGAAUCCUGACAAUCCAGAGGCUGCAGAAAAAUUUAAAGAGAUCAACAAUGCUCAUGCGACCCUGACUGAUGUGUCCAAGCGAAACAUAUAUGAUAAGUACGGAUCAUUAGGGCUCUAUGUGGCAGAACAGUUUGGUGAGGAAAAUGUUAACACCUACUUCAUGCUCUCCAGCUGGUGGGCAAAGGGCCUGUUUGCAGUCUGUGGUUUGCUGACUGGCUGCUACCUCUGCUGCUGCCUCUGCUGCUGCUUCAACUGCUGCUGUGGAAAGUGCAAACCAAAGGCACCCGACGGGGAACAGCAGGAGUUCUGUGUGUCUCCAGAAGAUUUGGAAGAGCAAAUUAAGAACGACAUGGAAAGAGAUGGAGAAACUCCUAUCACGCUUCAGCCGACUAACGUCACUGAGAAGACACAACUGAUUGGGGACAGCCACCGGAGCUACCACACUGAGUCCUAG